AUGUGGAGUAUUUUUCAAGCAGCAACUUUGCAGCUUUUUGCAAAAAGCACCGCAGCUCAGGUAGGGGUCCGCGGCACCCCAGACCCGCACAGCCGAGACGCGGCGCCCCGACGCCGCUCCGUCAGCCCUUGGGCACGCGAAGCCCCGCGACAAGCGCGGUCCUCGUGCCUUGGCGGCGGAGGGGCGGGAGCUGGCGGCGUCCCUUGCGUAGAGCCGCCGGUCACGUGGGUUCGGGAGCGAGGCUGGCGGCUGAGGGGCGCAGGCGGCAGUAUGGCGGCGGCGCUGGGUGGCUUGGGCCUCUUGCACGGCCGGUUCAGGCUAGCCGCCGCGGCCGCUGCCACCUCCUCCACCCUCGGCCCCCGGGCUCCGGUGCGAGGAGGCGCCGCCGCUUUCCCCUCAGCCGGGAGGAGCUAUGGAUCGGAGGCGAAGGAGGAGGAGGAGCUGCGAGUACGGUACCUGGAUGAAGAGCACAAAGGAAUUGUGGUGCUUGGGUUAAACAGAUCUCAUGCCAAGAAUGCACUUAACAAAAAUCUUUUAAAAAUGAUGUCAAAAGCUGUGGAUGCUUUGAAAUCUGAUAAGAAAGUACGAACUGUUAUAUUCCGAAGUGAAGUCCCAGGGAUAUUCUGUGCUGGCGCUGACCUUAAAGAAAGAGCGAAAAUGCAUUCAAGCGAAGUCGGUUCUUUUGUCUCAAAAGCAAGAGCAACUAUUAAUGAGAUGGCUAAUCUUCCAGUACCAACCAUUGCUGCAAUCGAUGGAACUGCGUUGGGUGGUGGCCUGGAACUUGCUUUAGCCUGUGACAUAAGAGUGGCAGCCUCUUCUGCUAAGAUGGGCCUGGUUGAAACGAAGUUGGCAAUCAUUCCAGGUGCAGGGGGAACACAGAGAUUACCUCGUACAAUUGGAGUAUCUUUGGCUAAAGAGCUAAUCUUCUCUGCACGCAUCGUGGAUGGUGAGGAAGCAAAGUCAAUAGGAUUGAUUAGCCAUGUGGUAGAACAGAAUGAAGCAGGGGAUGCUGCAUACAGACGAGCACUAGCUCUGGCAAGAGAAUUUUUACCUCAGGGACCAGUAGCAAUGAGAGUUGCAAAGCUGGCCAUUGAUCAGGGAAUGGAGGUUGACUUAGUAACAGGCCUAGCAAUUGAAGAAGCUUGUUAUGCUCAGACUAUUCCAACAAAGGAUAGAAUUGAAGGUCUUCUUGCGUUUAAAGAGAAAAGAUCUCCUCGCUACAAGGGAGAAUAAAAGAAGCAGAUGCCUUUAAAAUGAAAUGGGGUAUAUGUACAGUUAUGAGGACCACUAAGAUGCACUUUGCAUCUAUGCCUAGAAUAUUACAACCACCAAAGUUAAAGCAAAUCAUACUGAUGUUCCAACAUCUUUUGUGUGUCCAUGCUGGGGCAGGAUAGAAAUGUGUGCCUACUUAAGCUCAUUACAGUAUCUGAAGGCCUUGUAUAGGCAAGGUCACAGGUUCAUACAGCAUUUUAAAUAUUCCAUAUGAAACUUACCAGUCUGUAAUUUAAAAAAGCUCUUUAAAUUCUUUAUAUAGACAAAACCUAAAUGUGAUGUGAAGUUUAUCAUUUUAUCAAAUAUCAAAGUGACUGCCAAAAAAACAAAAAUAAAAAAUUGUACCAAAUAUGCAUUAAAAUGAUUCUGUAUAUCAGUAAAAAUUAUGUGUGAAUAUUCUACCUGAAUAUGUACAUUAUAAAUAAAGUGAAGGGAAAUGAAAAAGAUUAUUGUUUGAUAAAUGUCAAAUUUGAUUGUCUAACUUAUAUUAUUCUUAGUAAAACAAAGUUAACUUUUAUGAGAAUAGCACAUAAUGGCAUCCUUUUGGUGAAGUCAUGGCCAGUAUAUUCAUUUAAUUGUAUUACAUGAAGAUAUCUUAGAGUCCUGCCUUACUAAUGCAUUAUUAUUCUUUAAAUUGGCUUUGUCUUGCAUUCUUCCAAAAUAUCAUCUGAUCGGUACUGUCUGCUGUUAAGGAACUUUAUUUCACUUAUCUUAGUUAUUUUAAGUUUGUGGUGACUGUGUUAAGUACUUUUUGUGUGGGGAUAUGACUAAUACGCUGCUAAAAAGACUAGAAUUCUCUUCUAUAAAGGACCCAGAAUAUCCUUUUCGAAGAGUCUAAUAAUGCAUAUUUAUAUACAACAGGGAUGAUAAUGAAAUGUUCUUUGUUCUGUGGCAGCCUCAGGGUUCUUUUCCUACUUUGAAAGAGAAAUCCAGUAGGUUAAGAGGUGAGAAAACAGUGGUGAUUCAUACUGUGUAUUUGUUCUGAUUGUGCUAUAUACAAUAAAUACCUGAAAACAAACUCUUAAAAAGCAUUUUUGUUAACUUGACUGGAAAAUAAGCGUAUCUUAGCAAUCAGAGGCUGUCUUUUUAUAGAAAACAAAUUUCUUUGCAGUUAGUUACUGUUGACUCAUGAAACUUGUGCAUGGUCUGCUUUUUCUGCAGGAUGAACUGUGGUCAGUGUCCAUUCUGUGACGAUAAAGCAGCUGUUCAACAUGAAAUGACAAGAACUCAUUUAAAUUCACAUUUAGGCAUAUCAUUACAUGUAAAUUGGUUUUAACUGGUAGAGCACACACUUUAUUAACUGGUGAACUUGCUGAGUUGAUCAUUUCGUGCAUGAUAAUUUGCAAAUAAAGUACCGGUGCUUGUUUUUAUAGUCAUAUAAAGCCUUGAGGGUCAUUUUCUCCUGUUUUUGAAAUGCUAACAUGUCAUUUUCAUUUUUACUGAGCAGGAAAUAAUUACGUUAAUGAGAUUUUAAAAAAUACUAAGUCUGUGCUGACUGAUUUGUGUUUGUGUAUAACUUUGAUGUACUGUCAGGUUAUUGAAACGUCUCUGGUUUCUUAACAAGGACUGAUUAAGUACUUUCCAUGAAUGUUUUUUAUAGCAAACUUAACUUCACAUACUGUGGUGUAAGACAGUAGAUUUGUGCCUUUAACUAAUAGUUUUGAUUUCAGAAAAUAAUUUUGCUGUCAUAGUCUCUAUUCCUUUUCUAAGGAGAAGAUAUUGUUGGAUUGUGGCAACUUGAGUCUCUUCUUUGAAGUUAAGAAUUUGAAUGCUAUUUGAAAUUGAGUACCAUUAGCAUGGUACUUAAAGGUACUAUGUAGUGAUAUUGCAAUAGAGGAAUUUUUGCAAAGAAUGUGUUGAACACUUACUGUCUCUGUUCUUAGGUAACUAGCAUUAUGAUGACUUUCAAUUGCUCCUAGUAAAUAGCAGUGUUAGAUUUCUACUUCCAUGAAAGGAUGGUUUGCAACAGAAAUGCUCUUAUAAAGCCCCAUUUUUCUCCACAAUAUCUCAAUAGUAAAUGGCCCCUGAUCUCUUCUGAUUUCCUGAAAGGUUAUUUCAUGGUCCCCAAGCAUAAGCAGCUCCUUAUCCUUGCUUUUGCUCAACUGAAGUGGAUACUGAGUUGUUCUGUACUUCAAUACUGAGUUCAGUAUCAAAAGGUUAUAUUACAGGUAGAUCAGUUACCUUGAGCCUCUCAGUGGUGUAAGUUCAAGUGCCAAACAGUCUGGAUAUUCUUGCAGAAGUUAGUGUGUGAAUUUAUAUAACCCAUAUACCUCAUUUUUGCCUCUAACCUAUGAAAUCAUGAAUAUGGAAGUAACUCACGUCUCACUACUUUUACUACGUUUCUGGAUGAAGUUUUAAGAAUUGUCUGAAUGACAUCAGUCACUUCAGUGCCUUUGAGUAUCUCACCUGCUAUGAAGAAGCCUGGUCCUUUAUUCUCAGAUUGUGUAAUGAUACACUUAAGAGCACUUGGAGAAUGUUGUUUUGUCUAACAAUCUGUGGAAUUUGUAGAACCAUUUGUGCCGGGUUGUUGAAAUUCUGUCAGUCUAUGCACAAUUACUCAUAGUCCUAGUUCAGUGUUCAUAUCUGCUUUUUAGCAACUGCUUUUAACUACCUGCAUUCAAAAUAGUAAAUGCUAGGAUGUAUCAUUUGCAGCUGUUUCAUAUUUAUGUCAGUCAUUGUUCUGUGAUGUAUCUGUUGAAUUCAGCAGAAACAAACUGGUCUCUUCUACAGAACAGAGACUAGCUUGAAUUUGUCUUCGGAAGACAUGGGAAGUAAAUUAAUGUGUUCAGUAUUACUGGUACUUCAUAGUACCAAAAAACAGCUCAUAGAUGGAAAAUGAAAACAGUGAUUGACGUAUCUUAAUUUAUCACCAGUUUAGUUUUUGUUUCAUUACUUCUCCAUGUAAGCAAAUACCUGGAAAGGUGUCUAUUGAGAUUAGUCAAGAUUUAUAAUAUUCAGGAAAAAAAAAAGUUGGUAUUUUUUCUGGUGUAAACAGAACAAGAUGUACUUCCAUCUCUCAUUUAUGAAGUUUUACACACAUCCAACCUAGUGACACUGCUGAAAAGUCAUAGGACUCAAUUGUCUAGUGAAAUUUGUACAUUUAAUGCACUUACGGUGUGAUGACAGUGCAGCUAUUUUAAGAUGUUCUUUUUCUGCACAUUUCUAGAAAAACAUCUAUUUCCAAAAGUGAGAGAAGGAGAAUAGUUGUGAACAUACAAGCCAAAAGGAGAGAUGUGUUCAGUUGAAGGUAAUGAAAUUCCUUUUGGGUAUUUUGAGGGAUUCCAAAUACUACUUUUUCAAUCAUGUCUU